UUAUUGAAAUGUUUAGAAGAGAAAAAAUCACAUAUAAUAAAGGAGCUAACUUUAAUAAAAAGUACUUACAAAUGAAGAUUAGGCAUUAUUUAGAAAGAAUUGAUUAAAAAGAUUGGUUAGGAGAGACAGAUCAUUGAAUUUUUGAAAUUCCUAUUAAAU